AUGCCUUCUUAUGCAAAAUUUCUGAAGGAGGUAUUAUCUAACAAAAGGAAGCUGCCCAAAACAGGCAUAGAAACACUAAGAGGAGAAUGCAGUGCUAUCUUAGAGUGCAAGGUGCCGAAAAAAGAAGCUAACCCCGGAAAUUUCACCAUUGCAGUCAAAUUUAGCGAAGUUUUGGUUAAUAAAGCACUUGCUGAUUUGGGAGCUAGUGUGAGUAUCAUGCCGCUGUCUUUAUGCAAAAGGAUCAAUGCGGAUAUCAGUAAGACUGCACGGGUUGUUUUUGAUAUGUUCAAUGGGAAGCUUACAUUGAACAUCUUGGGGGAGGACGUUGAGUUUCAUCUUCCAUCGAUGAUGAAAGGACCCGCUGAUGAAUCACUAUACAGAGCAGAAGAGUAA